AAACGGACGGAAAUCCCGCGAUACGACGCCACAAGGGAGAAAGAGUUUAACAUCGCCCUCGGGAUCCAGAAAAGGAAAAGAUUCUCCACCUCCUGAAGUGGCCUCUCGUUCCCGAUAUGAUAAUUUUCUCCGCAUCCGAUGCAAUCGUCAGUCUAGACUUGGCGCUCGCAGCCGUAACAGGAAGAAGAGACCAGGUGAAGAUGGGGUUAAGGAAACCCUGUGUCCAAUUUGUAAUGAAAGAGUUAUGGGCCAUGCAGAAGAUUUGAAUGCACAUGUGGAGCUGUGUCUUAAGCAGAGAGCGGAGGUUGAAGAGGAGCCUGUUGAUGUAGAGGGAGGGUAUGAAGAGUACGAGUGGGCAGGACAGACCAGAAUCCGAGUCACAAGCCUGCUAGAGGGUGGUUUUGCUGGGUCAGGCUUCCAGACGGUCAACAGCAAGAAAGGCUCAGACGAAGACGCAGAACUUAAUGUUGAUGGAGAUGAUUCUGAGGAGUAUGGGAAACCACAAUUUUUGGAAAAAGAUAUUCUUCCCUUGGACUCCAAAAAUUGCAGCCCAAAGAGUGAAAACCUAGCCACCAGAGCAGCGUUACCUCCAGAGAGCAGCUAUUCUUCCAGAACGGACACAGUAAACUCAGAUGGUGGUGGUUGCAGCAAGUCUUCAGCUGCUUAUGAAGGAUUUGCUCUAGCCAGCCGAGAUCAGGGGGGAGACGAUCAGUCGGCAUCUGCACUCAUAUCAGCACUUCGUCUGAAGUUACGGGACCUGGAGGCAGAAAGGACAGAGAAGCAGAAAUGCCUGAUAUGCAUGGAGCCGUACCGAACACCCCUGACCUCUAUACAGUGCUGGCAUGUUCAUUGUGAAACGUGUUGGAUGAGAACUUUGGGAGCUAAAAAACUGUGCCCCCAGUGUAACAUGAUAACCUCACCAUCUGACUUACGAAGGAUAUACUUAUAG